CCCUACGCAGUUCAGCAGCUCGGCGCCGUGGCCGGCGUGAUGAUCACGGCUUCCCAUAACCGCAAGGAAGACAACGGGUACAAGGUAUACUGGGAAAACGGAGCUCAGAUCACCUCCCCUCACGAUAAGGAGAUCUUGAAGUGCAUCGAGGAGUGCGCCGAGCCCUGGGACGACUCCUGGAACGAGACCCUGGUCGAUACCAGCACCCUGAUGCGAGACCCUCUGCAGAAAAUUUGUGCAAGCUACAUGGAGGAUUUGAAAAAGAUCUGUCACCACAG